AUGAGUCCAAAUUUUGUUCAGUCUGGUAGUUCAUCACCUUCCAGAAAAAGAAGAAGUGAAACAGAAAUUGUGGAAGGUGGAAAUGAAAAAAUAUUUAAAGAGGAAGGAGAUUUUUCUGAUGAAGAUAAUCAAUUAACACCAUCUUCAUCAAUGGAUGAGGGAAGACGUGCUCAUCAUAAUGAAUUGGAGCGUCGAAGACGUGAUCAUAUUAAAGAUCACUUUAUGACACUUAAAAAUUCAGUACCACUAUUAGAAGGUGAAAAGUCAUCACGAGCAAUUAUUUUGAAGAGAGCAGUUGACUAUAUAUUAAUUCUUCAAUCAAAAAUAAAAGAACAACAAAUGGAAAUUGAGGAUUUGAAGAGGCAUAAUGAAUCAUUACAUAAAUCUAUGAAAAUAUGUGCAGCUAAUGAAGUAUUAAGUAGUUUAGUAUCAUCCAAUGCACAAGCUAUUAAUUAUAGGCCGAUUAUGCAAUCCACACAAAUCUUAAAAGAAGAUAAAAAUAGUAUGAAUUUGAAUGCUAAUAAUAAUCAUAUUUAUAAUUUGCAAUCUCAUUCAACACCUGAUUCAUUAAAAGGAAUAAAUCUAAAUUUACAUAUACCAACAUCAAGAGAAAUUUCUUUUAAUAAUAUUUCACCAAUCCCUUCAUCAAAUCCUCUUCAACCAAUAAAUAAUAAUUUUAAUCAUCUUUUCAACAUUAAUAAUGGUGUACCACAACAACUUAAUCUGAUUAAUAUUCCAAAUAACAUAGGAAAAUUUAGUCAAGCACCUUCUAAUACACCAAUGUUUACAUCAUCAGAUAUGGAUUUACAAACAAGAAUCUUAGCUAAUACCUUAGCUCUACGUGAACAAAAAUAUGCUGCCACCAUUACUAUGUAA